UUGAACCAGUCAUAUUUGCAUUCAUUCAAUCGUGCCUACUGGCGGUUUCAAAGAAAAGUACUCUCUUUUCACGUCAUUUGUUCAAACCCAUUCCUUGGCUUCCUCAUCAGGACGACGUUCUUGAAUCGCCAUCUCCUGUUUCCUCUCUUCUCAAUUUCUCAAUUCGUUCUGUUGUUGUAUCACUCAGGUGUAAAGUGGAGUGACGGGAGAAAGAGAGACACUGAAGAGGUGAAGUGGCGAUGGCGAAUAGGAUCGAUCAUGAGUAUGAUUACUUGUUCAAGAUCGUCCUGAUCGGUGACUCCGGGGUCGGGAAAUCCAACAUCCUUUCUAGGUUUACCAGGAACGAGUUCUGCUUAGAAUCGAAAUCGACAAUCGGGGUUGAGUUCGCCACUAGAACACUAAAGGUAGAAGAGAAAACGGUAAAGGCACAAAUAUGGGACACUGCAGGACAGGAGAGGUAUAGAGCAAUCACGAGUGCUUACUAUAGGGGAGCAGUGGGGGCUCUCCUUGUGUAUGAUAUUACCAAGGCUCAGACUUUUGAUAACAUCCAGAGGUGGCUUCGCGAAUUAAGGCAACAUGCAGAUUCAAACAUAGUGAUUAUGAUGGCAGGAAACAAGUCUGAUCUAAACCAUCUCAGAUCAGUCUCAGAUGAGGAUGGACUGGCCUUGGCCGAGAGAGAAGGCCUCUCUUUUCUCGAGACUUCGGCUCUUGAAGCACUCAAUGUUGAGAAGGCGUUUCAAACUAUUUUGACUGAAAUAUAUCAUAUCAUCAGCAAGAAAGCUCUAGCUGCUCAACAAGCUGAAACUAAUGCUGCUGUUCCUGGACAAGGGACCACAAUCAACAUUGGAGAUCAAUCUGGGAAUAUGAAAAAGGGUUGUUGUUCUACUUAGUAGAAAUCAUGGGUGCUUGGUUGGUUGGUCUAUAUAUAUUAAUAAUAAUUUAAUAAAAAGUUAAAAGGUUUGUUAGCAGAUGUUAUAACUUUUAUUUUCAAAAUUCAAUUUUAUUUUAUUUUCCCCUCCCCCACAAUUUUUGUCUUUUGUUUUUGUUUAAACCAAAUUUGUAACUUAAAACAGGAGUAUGACUUAGUUGUUAUUUGAUCUUCAAUGUUUUGUUGUUCA